AUUGUCCUAUACUUUUGACGCAUUAAAGAGUGUAUUUUUACUGCUGCAAAUAAUUUCUUUACUCAUUAAAGAACAAUAAGCGUCAAAUUAAGAAGUGCUAUUAACGUAUAAAUAAACAAAGACAAUUCUAACCAAAAAAGUUUGGCGAACACACGAUAUUUUCGAUAUUUUGGUCGAACCUCUUGCUAAAUUCGGUGUAGAAAGAUUCGUUUUUGGUGUUGGUGCGCUGCUUGAGAAAGUGCUGCAAUGGUGGUCAAAAAGAAACGACAAAGUGAUCCACAAAAUGAUUCAUCCACGGACUCGUCGGAGGAGAAGCAACAAGGUUCAUGUGUGCACAUAAACAAAGCGGUCGACAUGAACAAGUUGCGUAAAGUGUUUAGAACUAAAAAUGUGUUCGUCAAUGACAUUUGCUCAGAGUGUACGAAAAUAACGAAUGGUACAACUAGUGCGGACACGGAUGAUAAGAACGAAUUUGCUUACGAUAAAACGUUAUGGUUGUGUUUGAAUUGUGGCUCGCAUUUGUGCGGUCGUUCGAUAAACAAGCAUGCCAUUCUUCACUACAAGACACCACAUUCCGAUUCACAUGCAAUAGUACUGAACACAACAACGUUAGAUAUCCACUGCUACGAAUGCGACGCCGAAGUGUUCGUUAACACAAACAAAAAGCUCAAAGAAUGUUCCGAAUUCGUCAAAAAGGAGCUCAACAAAACGAAAGAGAAACUGGAAAAUGUGCCGAAUAACAUACUGAACACCAUUCGUCCGCUGUUGGAAGCAGUACCGGGCACCAGCAUGUCUUCUCAAACAACCGUCAUGAAAUCGGCCGCUGUUGCUAACGCGGAUUCAUUGCCGCGUGUUCGUGGAUUAUCGAAUUUGGGAAAUACGUGCUUUUUCAAUGCUGUCAUGCAAUGUCUAGCUCAAACGCCGUAUUUGCUUACGGUUUUGAAAGGCGUUGUUCCUGGCGAAGAAUUUGUACUACCUGGAGGAACUCACGAAAUAAAGGAGGGCGAAUCGAUAUCACUGGCCAGCAUUGGCGGAAAGUUAGGUCCCCAAUCGGCAUUAACGACUGAACUUGCCGACACAUUAGACGAACUGCAAAAAGCCGGUGGUGUUUUCAAUCCGCGCCAACUGUUUCAUUCACUGACCACCAAAUGUCCACAAUUUUCUGGUGGCGAUCAGCACGAUUCUCACGAACUGCUGAGGCAUCUUUUAGAGUCUGUUAGAACCGACGAUCUGAAACGGUAUCAGAGGGUCAUUCUAGAAGUCAUUGGCUGGCGACGUAAAGAAGUCAAUGUCAAUGAUUGUCCCGACGAAAUCAAGCAAAAAUGUAAAUUCUACGGAUUACAAGCGCAAAAUCGCAUACCAAUACCCGAUCAGGUGUUCCAAGGAAAGCUAGUAUCCACUCUCGUCUGCCAAGAUUGUUACCAUACGUCGCCGCGCCAAGAACAUUUUCUAGACAUCUCCCUUCCAAUUAACGUUGAAACUCCAAAGCCACCGCAACGACGGAAAAGCAGUCCGGAACCGACGACAACGGUCCAAACACCAUCCAAGCAUCAACUCAAAAAGGAAAAGGAACGGGACAAAAAAUUGAAACGCGCCCAACGGCAUCACAACAACAAAGCGUCCACCAAUUCGGAUCCAGCAACGAAGAGUGACGAAAAUUCGAGUAGCAAUAAUUACCGUUCGUCAUCAUCGUGCGAAGAUGCCGAACAAUCUGAUGCGGAUGUUGAGGACAAUCUGAUUGAGGAUGUUCCGAAAAACGGUGCUUUAAACAAUAUAAAUCGCGUGAUUCCACCAUUGUAUGACACAAAUGGUAAUAAUGCAAACAGUCCCACAUCGCCGGAGAAACGCGAUGAAUGUCCCGAGAAUUCCAAUAAGGAUUCGGACGACGACGAAAAUGAUUCUGGAAUUGCCGCUAGUCCAACUAAGUCUGCUGUUGAUGUGGAUGAACGACCCGUUUCACGUUGUGACUUCGUAUCCGAUCUACCGGCUGGAGCAACCAAGUCUGCCGAGCCCGAAUUCAACAAUAUUGUUGUCGAGGCGACCAUCAGCACCGAAGGAUGUGCCAAGCUGUUGCGACAACAUUCCGAUCGACUGGAUGAAGUGCCCACCCAAGAAAUGGAAGCAAUGAAAUUGACUCGAACCAAACGCAUCCGCACCAACAGUGCGCUCGAAUGGAGUUCGACAAUAGCGCCUCGGUAUGCAUGUGAAGACAAUGAAUGCUCCAUACAAUCAUGUUUGAACAAUUUCACUGCAACUGAAUUGAUGAGCGGUAACAAUAAGGUUGGCUGUGACAAAUGCACCGAAUUGUUCAAUGGCAAGGGUGGCAAAACAUACAACACAAACGCAACGAAACAAUUUCUAAUUUCUAGUCCGCCAGCCGUGCUCAUAUUGCAUUUAAAGCGGUUUCAAGUCUAUCCGCGCUACAUGUUCCGAAAGUUGCAGAAAACCGUCACAUUUCCAUUCGUUCUCGAUCUAGCGCCAUUCUGUGCGGUCAAAGUGAAAACGUUGCCAAACGUUAAGCGGACGCAGAAAAAGUUGCUAUAUUCGUUGUACGGCAUCGUUGAACAUUCGGGCGGUAUGCAUGGUGGUCACUACACGGCAUAUGUAAAAGUGCGAGCCAAAUUGACCCCAGACGAUCCGCGUUGGCAAUUCCUUCCGCAAGGAUGCAAAGCCGAAAUGCAACAGAAGAGCGAAGAGCAAACGGAAAAAGUGGAACGGAAUGAAAGCAAGAGCCGUAACAAUCAUGCUCGUCAUUACGACCAUGAUGACAGCGAUGAUUCCGUAUCGUCUGCUUCAUCGUUUGACCAGUGCGAAGGAGCUGUGGGCGGUACGGAUGAUCCGGAUGAUGUUGCGCCACCGCCGGGCAAAUGGUACUAUGUUUCUGAUAGUCAUGUACAAGAAGCAUCCGAGGAUCGUGUGUUGAAUGCUCAAGCCUAUUUGCUAUUCUACGAACGAAUUUACUAAAGUGCAUGGAUAUUUGGAUUGCACUCUGUUCCACUUUGUUUUUGAAUAUACCGUACCGUUCCGAAAGUUCUAAGAAAUACCUUCGCUCCCGCUCACAAUUCACCCAGUUCUAAACCGUACGUAUACUCAACUCAUGCAAAUCGUCGAUGUACAUAAAUAAUUUCGGCUAUCAUGCCACUCAAUCCAAUGCAUGGGUAUAACACUUCAACAUGAAAAAUGUUCUAAGGUCGUAAAUGAAACGAGCAAAUUAAAGAAAAAAAUUAGAAAAUUAUUUUCAGCAAAAAGGUUAUCGACUGAUGUAAACCUUAACGUAGAUACAAUUCAAGAGACGACAAAGUAUUUGGAUUGAGUUGUGAUAAUCGAUAAGAGAGAGAGAGAGAGAGAGAGGGCUCGACGACAAUUUACCUUCUUCGGUUCGUUUUUAUUUUUAUUUUGUUUUUUUAACCCAUGGCGGCCACAAUUUUUUUUUGUCUUCCAUGCGGUAGUGUCGUUUAAGUAAACAUUUUAUGCAGUUCGGUUUGGUCAUUGUAAAAUUGCGUAAAAUAUUUGUUUCAAAUUUGAGUAAAAGAAAUGGAAAGAAAAAUUGCUAUUUAGGGUAGCGUGUACUAUAAAUAUAUCGAAUUGUAAUUGCAAAUUGAUUAAAAUCAAAUAAAAUAACCAAAAAGUUGAA